GGAUUCCGUUGCCAGUCACUGUGCUCUGAGAACGAGUUCUACUGCAAAGCCACUGCAACGAACAGGUCUCUGGAAGUGUUUUUUUUCUCCUCUGUGUGCUGAAAGGAAAACGGUUAACCUCUUCUCCUUCCUCUCUCACCAGCCAUAAGGAAAGACCUCCCUGGCCGCCACUGACACCCAUCAUGGCAGACAGUCGCCAACCUGAGGACAGCCACCCCCAUUGGGACACGUCAGGGGCACAGGACCCCUCCCCCCCCCCAGCCCACGGGGCUAACGGCUACCCCCCCUCAUACAGGGCGUGCCAGCCAGGGACGGCCCAUGGAGCAGCACCCCCCUCCUACACCUCCAGAGAGAACUGCUUCAAUGGAGACCAUGCAGUUACGGCUGAGCAAGUUUCUGCACGAAUCGUGCAAGAGGUGACAGCAGAAGCAGUGGCAGUACUGAAGGGAGAACAGGAGACAAGACUGCAGUCAGUUGAAGACACGGCAAACCUGCCCCCCUCUCCUCCUCCCUCACCUGCUGCUGAGCACUGCUUUAGACCCCUGGAGCAAGAUGUAGGGGAUGAGGAGAAGGAGGUCUGCCCUCUCCGCCGCUUCCAAAAUUCUCGGGAGAGGUGCAAGUUCCUCGCCCCCUCCAUCUCUGUGUCUGUGCCCGAGGAUGACCCCUACCACUCUGACGAGGAAUACUAUGAUCACCCCUUGUUCAGCCCUGAGUGGGAUCGCUCGGUCUCCUCUCGGCCCACAGUGCUGGCCGCUGCCUUUAGACAGAUCCAAGAGACUGUCGAGGCUCUUACAGAUAACUUCAAAGAGGAGGAGGAGGAGGAGGAGGAGGAGGAAGAAGUGUUGAUGUUGGAGGAGGAUGAGGAGAUGGAAGGGGCAGCAGCAGAAAUCGUGGCUGCUCUUGAGGAGCUGUGGAGUGGGGAUGAGCCUGAGCCAGACGGCCCCCCAACCAAGCCCUUAGAACAGGCUGCGGCUGUAGGCGAGGCCCAGGCUGGGCCCCCUGUGCAGGCAGUGGCAUUUAGUGCUGCUCUUGAUGGCCCUAACGGGAGGGAGGAGGAGGUUGAGGAGGAGGAGGAGGUGGCAGUGCCUGAGGGGAAGGAGGAGAGCCUUGAUGAAGACUUAAAGAUGGACAUGGAGAAACCAGGCAGUGAGAGUGGAUGCCUCAGCCCAGACUUCACUGAACCAGAGUGUCCAGCUUUCUCCAGCGGGGACCACACAGCACCCCCCCUGUACCCCAAAACAGAAAUGGCUUCUCCGUCCCCUUCCCUUUCUAACAGCCAGAGCCAAGCCAAAGAGCCUACCAAAAUGUCUAUACCAGAUGAACCUAAAACAGUCUCAGAGAAGCAGCCGUCAGUGGAAGUUCUUGAGUCCAGUAACCUCACAACGGUUGCAGUGUCUGGGUUCACUAGAGCUGGAGACAAAGAUCAAGGUCAAGGUGUCUCCUCUGACUCUAACAAAGACAAAUCUGGCAUGUCGUCUUAUUUCGAGACUUUGGCCCUGAAGGCAGAUGAGGGAUCCAAGGAGGCUCAAGCAGCAGAAGGUUAUUAUGAACUGAGCACCGCAGGUCAAGAGAAGAGCUUAGGGAGAAGCUCCCCAACACUUACGUCACCCCCUGAGAUCAACUACAGCAUGUUGGCACAAACACAGUCAGUGGAGAAGAAGCCAGACACCAAGACGAGUCCGAUGGGAGAUCAAAAGGAUACCUUACCGGCCCUGGACAGGAGCAACGAAUGUAGGCUUUCCCCCGGGAAGUUGGCCCUGGAUCAGAGAAGCUACUCUCUCAACAUUACGAUUGGAUCGAUGGAUCCCAGUGGCCAGGGCCUACCUAGGAACUUCUCCCCACUGGCCACGGACAUCAUGUCUUUUACCAGUGGCAGUCUGGAUGAGUCUGUCAACUAUCUCCCAGUUACCACCCUUUCUGCAGAGAAGGUGCCCCCGCCUUUCCCUCCCCUGAUCCUGGAGACGGCCGCCUCAGUCACGUCCGACUCCUCGUCUCCUCCCUACAACACAGGAGAAAUCCCCGGCGAAAAGACCAGCCCCCAGGGGUCAGAGUCGCCAGAGUCUCCCUUUCCACCCAAAUACUACUACAAAAACGGGACAGUCAUGGCUCCUGACCUACCUGAGAUGCUGGACCUUGCAGGCACCAGGUCUAGACUAGCUUCUGAGAACAAUGACCCAGAGACCAUGAGGAGGAAGUCUGUCCCUGCAGACGCCCAAGGCAUUGGGAGCGACUCCCUGGCCAACCUUGUCCUGGGGGACCAGAAUCAGAGCCAGAGUCUUGCCAAGAGUGAGAGCCAGCUGGAAGAGUUGGGUUACUGUGUGUUCAGUGAGUACUCAGGGCCCAUGCCUUCCCCUGCUGACCUCCAUAGUCCCAUUGACUCCCCGCCCCAGCGCUUCACCCCUAUGGCUCUGGAGGAAAAGAUGGCAGAGGAAAAACUGAAGAUUGAAGCUAGAGACAAACUAGCCGAAGACGAGAAGACAAAUCAGUUAACUGUGUGUGACGGUUCCAAAGAAAAGGAAGAAGCAAAACAAGUGGGACGGAAAGAUUCCGCUUCAGAGGAAAAAGACAACAAAGAGAUCAGCCAUGAAAAAUCUGCCAUGGAGGACCAAAACGACAAACCGGCUUCAGCUCUGAAGUCAGCAGAGUCCUUUGUGACUCCUACAGUAAUGGUCACCCUGGAUGAGGAGGGAAAGGCAGAGAAUGAGGGACCAGAGACAGAUGCUGAGAUAGCUGCCUACGAGAGGCAGAUCCGCCGGCUGGAGAUGGAGGACAGGCCCCUGAGCAUGGAGGAGGAGCGAGAGCUGCAGGAGUUAAGGGAGAAGGUGAAGGACAAGUUCUUGGUGCACCAGGAGGCAUACGAGGAGGUGGAUGCCGAAGAUGUCUACCAACUGACUGGGGUUGCCAAGAACCGGAUCAGCAGGCCCGCCAGGCCCUCCCCGGCCUCCUCCGUGGAGAGCACCACAGAAGAAGAGAAGGUUCCAGUUAUGGACACCGAGAAACCUAAACAGACGGGAGGUCAGACAACGCCUCCGAAGGUUGACUUCAUGGCGACGUCUCCGUCUGUGUCAGGUGGUGGUGUGAGCACCACAGAAGAAGAGAAGGUUCCAGUUAUGGACACCGAGAAACCUAAACAGACGGGAGGUCAGACAACGCCUCCGAAUGUUGACUUCAUGGCGACAUCUCCGUCUGUGUCAGGUGGUGGUGUGAGCACCACAGAAGAAGAGAAGGGGAAAGUUAGCGAAGAGAAGCUGAAGAAGGAGCAGGUUGUAGAGGUCAAAGAAAAGAACAUAGAAGAAAAGAAAAAGGAAGAUGAGAAGGAGGAUAAUAUAGAGCAGGUGGUGGAACAGGAGGAAAGCAUGAUCGAGAUAAAACCAACAAAUCCUGGAGAGAAAGAAGAGAAGUUUGAGAAGGAUAUAAUGAAAGACGAGGAAGAAGAAGAAGAAGAGGAAGAUGGUGAAGUUCUGGCAGGGGCAGGAGCAGCGGUGGAUGACGUUCCAGAGCCCAGAGCUGCCAUAGAGUCAGUGGUGACUGUAGAAGAUGACUUCAUCACUGUAGUCCAGACCAUCGACGAGGGCGAGGAGCCAGGACACAGCGUGCGUUUCUCUGCUCUACCUGAGCCUGAGACACCACAGGCUCUCCACGAACAGGAGGAAGAGGAGGAGGAGGAGUCCCAGGAGGUGGAGAUCAUGGAGGCAGCAAGUCUGGAGGAGGUGGGGGAUGUCUCAGAGGAGGUCUGUGAGAAGGAGGUGCAGGCCUCCCCAGAGAAGGAGGUGCAGACAGAGACCGAGGGACAGACAGAGAGCUACGACAGAGACGAGACCACCAUGGACGACUCAAUCCUAGACAGCUCUUGGGUCGACACUCAAGACCUCUGCACUGUAGAUGUGGAUGAUGACAAGAGCAUGGCUACAGAGCAGAUCGAGCCCCUGAGAGCCGACCGGGUCCCAGCCCCACCAGUCGAGAAGGAGAAGGCUCCCCAACACCAGAAGCAGGAGAAGCAGCCAGUGAAUCCCAAGUCUAAAGGGGGGCAGGUGAAAGCGCGCGAGGGGCACGUCUCCACACCAGAACGUAAACCCAUUCACAAGCAGCCGGUCUAUAUCCCCAGGGAGGACGUCAAGAAGAAAAAAGCCGUGAUUAAGAAGACUGAGCUGACCAAGAAAGCUGAGAUGCGUUCCUCUCCAUCUCGGAAGAGUGUGUUAAAGUCUACUGCGGUCCGACACUCGCGUCCUGCCCAGGCCCACCCCUGUGCUAGGAGGAAACCUACAGUGGGUGUACCAGAGGGUCGUCGGCCUCUCAGUGUUGCUAGACAGUCUCGGGACAGAGCCUCAGUGGAGCUUGAUAGGCCCCGUCCCUCCUCGGUCGGGCCUCGUGACUCCCCAACACUACACAGACUGAUAGACGUGGAUGGUGGUUCUCAGAGCCCAAAGAGGUCAUCCCUGCCGCGGCCUGCCUCUAUCCUGAGCCGGCGUACCCACCAUCACCCACACGACCAGGAGGAGAGCUCCACCUCAAUCACCAGCUCCGGCUCCACGGUACCCCGCAGACCUACGUGCACACAGUCGAUGCGUUCCCGCUCGCUGUGCAGCGGUCCCACCACACCCCGCACCCCAGGGUCCACAGCCAUCACCCCUGGAACCCCUCCCAGCUACAGCUACUCCUGCCGCACACCCGGAACCCCUCGCACCCCCGGCACACCACGUUCACUCAGCCUGCUGCAGGAGAAGAAGGUGGCUCUGCUCCGCACCCCUCCCAAGUCCCCCGCCACCACCCCCAAACAGCUUCGCGUCCUCAACCAGCCCCUGCCAGACCUCAAGAAUGUCAAGUCUAAGAUCGGCUCCACAGACAACAUCAAUUACCAGCCCAAGGGGGGCCAGGUGCAGAUCCAGACCAAGAAGAUUGACCUGAGUCAUGUGACCUCCAAGUGUGGAUCCCUGGACAACAUUCGCCACCGGCCAGGGGGAGGUAACGUGCGCAUAGAAAACGUGAAGCUGGACUUCAAAGACAAGGCCCAGCCCAAGGUGGGUUCCCUGGAUAAUGCACACCACACCCCUGGUGGAGGCCUCAUUAUGAUCGAGAGCCACAAGCUGUUGUUCCGUGACACGGCCAAGGCCCAGGUGGACCACGGGGCGGAGAUCAUCAUGACCCAGUCACCGGGAACGGGCAUGUCAGGGACGCUGUCCCCCCACCGCCACAGCCACCUGUCCUCCUCCGACAGCAUCAACUUGCUGGAGCCUCCACAGCUAGCCACUCUGGCUGACGAUGUCACUGCUGCCCUGACCAUGCAGGGUUUGUGAGAGCCUUGACAACCUCAACCUGGAUAC